AUGAAUUCACGAACAUCUCUACCCAACAAGACCCAAACUUUGGAUCAACCUUCGAUCGAAACAAUCAUCUCGACGAUGAACUCCACUCUCGAAAGACUUGACAAGAAAAUUGAACAAUUAGAUCAUCGAUUAACAUCAAUCGAACAAAGAGUGGACAAAAUCCAAGAUGUUGUCAAUGAGAUUAAAGAGGUCAUGGAAGAAGAUUCUCAAACUGAAAAUCAAUCAUGGUUUUCUUCAUUUGUCUCCAGAUUUUCGUCUCCUCCAAGAUCAAGGAAGCUCACCAAUUCACAAAAAGCUACAUCCAGUUCUUACUCCAGAAAGUUCAAAGUUAAUGUAUUUGUCGGUGACAGAGAUUAUGACAAGACCAUUUCCGAUGUAAUGAAUGUCUUCUCCCAGUACGCCAAGCAACGUUAUUCAGUGACACUUUUAAUGAACAUCAUCACCCAUGUCGAAGAAGCAGACGAUCAAGUGCUCACACUUUUUGUGAAAUAUUGUGGCACUUCAAGAUUUGAAAGCAAGGAGGCGAGAUGGAUUGCUGAAAUGAAAAAAGCUUUGCAUUUCAUUCUGCUUCGUUAUGGUGAAACUAGGAGUGAAGUGUGUCUUUCAGAUAUUUAUUCCAUGUCGAGCGCUUUUGAAUUUCAUGUAAAUAAUCUUGAAGACAAAAAGGUGUUGUUUGACAACCCAAGAAACAAAAGAUCUCUGGAUUUACUUUGUAACAAGUUAUUUGCUUGA